AUGGAUUCAUUUCCAGGUCAGGGUUUGAAUGAGGAGGGUGGCUCUCAGAAUAUUGACGGCCCUGACGAUAUCAUCCUCGGCGACUAUAAUCAAUGGCAACAGACUGACCUUACUCCCUGGGAGUUGAAGGAGGUCGAGCUCGACCUAGAGCGCGAAAACAACUUGACGGUUCGGCAAUGGCUCCAGGGACAAGGCAACUCCCGGCCUGACGAAAACACAUACAUCGCCUCGCAAUCGUCGUCUCAACGCAAACGUGAGACCCAGAAACUUCUCGGUCAUAUAGAUAACGUGCUGGGAGGCAACAAGUCGUUAUCCGCUCAUGCAGCAAAGUCUUCCACCAACACGACGGCUCUGGCUUCUCGAAACCCUACCAGAUUAAACAUUGAUACCACUUCGACCAACCAGCUGUCAUCGGCAAAGUCUGCGUUUUCAGCGCAACCUCUCUCAUUCUCCGAUCGAGGGACAACAACAUACUGUGGCAAUGGCUAUCAUAGCGGAUGGGAUUCGGGAACAUCGGUCUCUCAAAGCCGCUCAGCUUUUCCAAUCACAUCAUAUGGAUAUCAGACUCGCGGACGCCAGAGCCAAGUUUUAGAUCCAUCUCUUCCGCAAUCAAAUUGGUCGGUCACAGGUACGGAUACAUCCACUGGUUCGAAGAAACCACCCAAACGUCAGAGCAGCCGAUCCGCCGAUGAUGAGACAAGCAGCAAACAGGGUUCAAUGUUCGAUAACGGAUUCCAGUACCCAACACAGUUACAAGUACCAAACACAACGCGCUCACCUGGUCAAUACCAGAACUGGCAACAACAGUUUCUCCAAGUUCCACAAACAUUGCCCCAGUCCUUCUUGCAAACGUUAGGUCAAACUUCACGUCGCGGUGUUCGAGACAACUCAUUUGAUCAGUUCUCACUGCAAUCUUUGUCGCAGCCUCAGCAUCCCCAACUUCCAUCCAGCCAGUAUUCCAUACUAGACUCUCUUCCUGGGAAAACCCAGCAACAAUCGCCGGCUAGCGCGAAUCUCUCUGCCUACAACAAUGAGAGCUCACACCUCCUCCAUCACCCAAAGACUCCCCAGUUACAACUCCAAGUACCAGCAAUGGACGAUUUCGACGCAACUAUAUCAUUAUCCGGCGGGUUGUCACAUGUGCAAUCCAGUCCCUCCAGGGUGCCAUCUACUGCAGGAGAGUCUAUGGACCUUCUGCAGUCACCCAAUAUUGAAGGAUCAAUGUGGUUGUUUAAUGAAAACUUUGACUAUGAUAACAGCUUGGACUGGCUGAAUAUGGGAACAAUUGGAUCACACCCACAGCUUCAAGAGUCUAUUGAAGUAGGCGACCCUCCGACUAUCCAAUCCCAGCAACGCGUUGAAGACCUAAACCCAAACAGCGGCUUGCUUACUGUACAACAAGCUGCUGUGGAAAAGGAUUCGGCGUACCACUCAGAUACCUUCCAUGAUAUGGAAUGGGAUGAUGAGAAAGAGAUAUUCUCCUGA